AAUCGACCAGACAUCGCUCGCUAUCUUCUCUCAUUUGUCCGCCAUUUUCCGUGGGCUAACGAGAGACUAGACCCUUGGAGUAGUGACGUCAAUCAGCUGAGCAGUUGGAUCUUAUGACGUCGAACAUGCAGGGUCUUUAAUGGAACCCACGCCGAGUUCCCCACGAAAGCUUGUCAAGCUCAGAGCUGGAUGGCUGGUGUUUUCUCCGGGUAAUGCACCUCGACGCCAUAUUUCUGGCCUUGGUUUUAUGCAUCCCAUCAGCGAAUUGCAACGCUAUGUGUUAGUUAUAUGUGCGAAAAUUAAUGCAUCCUCUUCAAUGACGGAAGAGAAGAUCUAGCUAGCGGCCCCUCCCUCACUCCCUCCUCUCCUCUUAGGGACUCAGCCCUUUGAUCCUCGCGCCAAGGUCACCCACUCACUCACUGACAGUCUCACUUCCGGUUCAGAUUCAAGCCGCGCCAUGACCCAAGUUGUGACCUACUUUAUUUCAUGAUCCCUGGAUACGGAGUUCUCCCUUACUCUCUCUCUCCUCUUACCGCUUGUCACCUGUUUCAUUACGUGUUUUAUGGGCACCUCUUUACAUAAAGAAGGAUUUAUCCCCAACAUUCUACCCCUCCACUAUCUGCAUACACAUCUAGGCAACUCACAAGUCCCUGACUACGUUACAUAAACCUUUGUUCUCUUACAACAACAACAACCUACCAGCCCUUUCAGCUUUACACACACAGACAAACCAUCGGAUAGAGCCUCCAUCUUCCGCUCUCACAGAUCUCAAUACUCGUACCACUGCUACACAUAUGGCCUACUACCGCCCAUCUAGACAACAAGCGCGCCCAUACGGAUAUGACGAUGACUACGUAGCGCCAGAUCCCGGGAGGUCGUAUGACCCUUACGAAGACCGAAAUGCACCUCCUCCCCGCAAAGUCAGAAGAGAGCCGGCGACAGAUGCGUCAUCUCCCCGCCGCUACAAGUCACAAAGGAGUCGCCGCCCUCCGAGUCCUGGCAGGCCAGGGUACCCUGAUGAUCCUAUGAUGGACGAUCGGAGAGCCGAAGGCCGUCCCCGCCGUAGAUAUGAGCCGGAACGCCGCGGGCGGAGUGCUGGGCCUGAUCGACGAAGCCGAGACAUCAGCCCCCCACCCUUCGGACCUCCGCCAGACUCGCCUCGCCGAAAGGCUCGCUCAGCUCGUCCCGAUCGCGAUUCUCACUACCCCGAGCGAGAUUUUCGCCCAUCUUUACGCGAGCCUCGCUCAGGGCGGGAACGGGAACGGGAACGGGAGCUACCCAUCCGUGGAAAGCAGGACGCACGCCCUGACAGAGACCCUCGAUUCGAGCGCGAUGCUCCACCAGUGCAUCCUUAUGAUCGCGACGCUUAUGCUCGGGAACCAACUUCACGCGCGUACCCUGAUGCUCCUCGAGACCAACGAAGGUCCAAGCAUGGAAGAUCAGUGCCACCGUCACCUCGCUCUAGAUCGCAAGGACGGGGUCGAAAGUCACGAUAUCCAGACUCCGACUCUGAGUCGGAAGAUGAUCAUUACGGUGCCAAACUUGGAGCUGCCGAAGCUGAAGCGGGUGCUGCUGCUGCUGCCAGUCGACGACGGCCACGGUCUCAAACAAGAGACCGCCGUGGGCGAGAUGCUGCUCGAUCCCCAAAUAGAGGUCGGCCUCCUACCACACAGAAGAAUCGCGGCGGCGCUCCUACCGCGCGUCGCAGCUCCAUGCCCGCUAGCACCAAGCCACGCACUGCAUGGUGGCAGAACCCCAUGGUCCAGGCUGGUGCCCGUACUGCGUUCACAGCUGGUGCUCAAGCUGCGAUGAAGUCUGGUCAUGAAUCUGGUCCCUGGCUCGGCCCCAAGGGCGCCAAAGUCGCAACUGCUGCUCUUGGCGCGGCCUUGGUGGACGGCUUCAUGGGUCAGAAGCAUCCCAAUAGUACCAGACAGAAGCUUAUGAGGCAGGGCGUUGAUCUUGCCUCAGCUCAAACCACAAGGGUUCCUGAGCAUCAUGGCAGUGGUCGGAGACGAUAAUGGAUUGUAGCGCUGCCUUUCUCUUAUUCAUUGUAUCUAAUAUUCGUUUUCACACAAGACUGCAAAUUACUUUAAAAACAUGCUCAAGCAUUGCGGAGGUUACACAUUCCAGAGCAGUUAUCGAGAGGCCUGGAUCGGCGCAUUGCUAUGGAGUUAUGAUAGAAUGAUGAUGACAACUGUACGAUGUUUACGAGAUACCUUUCUGAAUUUAAAGAACUGAGAUUUACUUUAUGCUUCAAUCGUGUUCGAAACUAAGAUCUGAUGCUUGAUGUGAUACGAAGUGGUCAGUGACAGCACAGCUAUGUUACACAAUCAUUCUCAGUCUGGUCAAUUCAACUCAACCAUGCUUUAAAGGUAGUCCAUAACCGAAGCACCGACUCAAAGCUCUUAACAGAAGAAUAACCGAAACGGUCAUCGUUUCCUCAUCGUAAUAGUCGAAUUCCACGGUCGACAACGAUUGGCCAUGCACAAGCCGUUGCAGCAGGGUCCUACAGGCUGCCCGCGUGUAUCAUAGCACUCGCCUACAAUUGAUCUCUGUCAGAUAUGCCGGAUCACGGGAGUUAGACCUGGUGUACUUGCCGUACGUAGGAACACAACUGCCGGUGCAAUUGACGGCGGUGAUCACUCGAGAGGGGUUGACGAGGAUGUGCUGGGAGCCAUCCUUUGGACUGACUUUGGGGGUCAACUUCGCUUGGCCCUUGAUGGCGAAGAAGCACUGUUCAAGAGCGUUGUAGUCUGAGUUGUCGAUGAUAUCGACGCUGAGAUUAUGAUCUGAAGAGGAGCGCAUAGGGUUAGCGAUUGCGAAGGAUAUGUCGACAGAGAUGCCUACCAGUCCUGCGAGUACGGCCAUCAGCAUGGAAAGCCAUAGAGUAAGAAGCCAAGCCGCCAUGGAAGGUAAGAACCUUGAAGAAGAAGGUGUAUAAGAUUCCUCUCGCCGACUACAGGAUGUUAAUAGGAACUUUUAUUUAAACCUGAAUAGCUUAGGACUUUAGUAAG